AUGACCGCGCUCAUCCCCCGAUCACUGCAACCCUUCUGCACGCUCUCAUACCCCGUCCCCGCCAACGUUGACGGCCGGCACGUCACGCUCUACGACAAGGGCAUCAACGAUGUCUACUUUGUCAUUGGGGUGGCGAUUGGCCUCACAGCCCUCAGACAUUUGUUGAUGAUGUGGGUCUUCUACCCGAUCGGACGCCUCGUCGUACCACUCCCAGCACUCGAGUCGCACAAGGGGCAGAGUACGUCUGCUACCGUCAAGCAGAAGCGCUCUCAGGACCGCAAGCACCACCACAAUCUCGUCCGAUUUGCCGAGCAGGCAUGGAGCUUGGGUUACUGCACGUUUACGUGGACGUUGAGUACGAUCGUUCUUCGCAGCGUCCCCAACUACACGUCGCCAGAGGAGCUCUGGGGCACAUACCCCUUCUUCCCCAUCCCGGCCCUCACCAAGUUUGUUUACCUCCUCCAGCUGGGCUGGUGGAACCACCAGAUCUACGUCAUCAACGCAGAGAAGCGCCGCAAGGACCACUGGCAAAUGUUUGGCCACCACGUCCUCACCAUUGCCCUCAUGUCCACGUCCUACUAUGGCAACUUUACCCGCGUCGGUGUGCUCGUUCACUGGCUCAUGGACGGUGCCGACAUUUUCCUCCCGCUGGCCAAGAUUCUCCGCUACAUGGACUUUGCGACGGCAUGCGACGCGACCUUUGUCAUGUUCCUCCUCGUCUGGGUCUUCUCUCGCCAGAUUGGCCUCUUCCUCGUCACACGCUCGGCCUAUGUCCAGGCGCCCAAGUUCCUCCCCUUUGAGCACAACCCCGCCAAGGGCUACUACUUCAGCCGCAACGCGUGGAUCAUGUUCGUCUGCAUGCUCAGCCUCCUCCUCUGCCUCUGCACCCUGUGGUUCUACAUGGCCGUCAUGGUCGCCGUGAGGGUCGUCCGCGGCCAGGGUGCCGCCGACGUGCGCUCGGACGACGAGGACGACGGCGAGGACGAUGUGCCCGACGACGACAGCGUCGACACUCCUAUCCGCACUCCCGACACGGACUCUUCGGUGAAUGCUCUUCACAACAGCUUUGCCAGCCAGGCGGCCACUGCCCUGAAGAAUGGCAGUGACGACGUCGACCUGCGGAAGCGCAGGUGA